AUGAGAAGAAGAAGAGCUGCGAUGAAACACCACCACCACCGCUGUUCUGUGAUUCUAAUAUCACUUGUUGUUGUUGUUGUUGUUGUUGUAUCGAAUCUAUUAACUAUUGAAUCUGAACUCAUAACCCUAACCGCUGAUACAUUCAACGACAAGGUGAAGAAGAAAGACACUGCAUGGUUUGUGCAAUUUUGUAUUCCUUGGUGUAAGCAUUGUAAAAAGUUGGGAUCAUUAUGGAAAGACUUGGGGAAGACAAUGGAAGGGGAGGAUGAGAUAGAGAUUGGACGAGUUGAUUGCAGUACAGAUAAACCAGUUUGCAACAAAGUUGAUAUUCAUUCAUAUCCUACAUUCAAGCUCUUUUAUAACGGAGAAGAAGUCGUAAAGUACCAAGGACCGAGAGAUGUGGAGUCACUUAAAAUAUUUGUUCUGGAAGAAGUAGAAAAGGCAGCCACUGAAGCGCAACUCGAGAGUGAGAAAGAGUUGUGA